AUGCAUCACGGCAACGAAAAAGACAACGGGGCUUCUUGCCACACCCAAGAUGCAUUCGAGCAUGAGCGCAUGUUUGUGUUACCGCAAGGGAACCAUCUCUUGAGCUUGAUGACUGUGCUUCGGGAUGCGAAGACCAAUAGCACAUUAUUCGCGGAAACAACGGAGCGUGUCGGAGACCAGCUUAUUGCUGCCGCUCUUGAUUUCGUACCGGCAGAAAAAACACCAGUUGUCAGCCCUACUGGUUCCACAUAUCAGGGAAUGCGACACACGGCGCCCGUUUGUGGCGUUAGCAUUCUCAGAGCGGGAGCUAGUUUGGAGAACGCUAUGCGGCGCGGAUAUGCUGGCCCUCUGAGCUUUGGUAAGGUUUUGAUUCAGCGUGACGAAGAGACUUGUCAACCAAAACUUUUCUACUCGAAGUUUCCACCAAACAUUGCGUCUCAAAGGGUCAUGGUUCUUGAACCCAUGCUGGCCACAGGAGGAUCAGCAUGCGCAGCAAUCAAUGUCAUUAAGGCGCAGGGCGUUCCCGAAGAGAACAUCAUAUUCGUCAACGUCUUAGCAUCACGUUAUGGAGCCAAGACUCUCUUCAGCAGAUUCCCUCAAAUACGUCUUGUUACUGCUGCUGUCGAUGAGGAUAUGACACUAAGCAACCAUAUUGACCCUGGGCUCGGGGACUUUGGUGAUCGAUUUUAUGGGACUUAUGAUUCAUAG